GCUUCUGCUUCAGUUUCAAUUUCAAUUUCACAUUACAAGGAAUUAAAACCCUAAAAUAAUGCUCUGCUGAAGUGUUCUUCCUGCUCAUUGCUGUAAUAUGGAAUCCACUUCAACAAAGAAACUCAACACAGCCACAAGGCACAGAUGCUGUGCAUGUUACAAGCAAUACAAGAAGAAGGAACAUCUUGUUGAGCAUAUGAUAGUGUCAUACCACUCAGUUCAUCAGCCUAGGUGUUCUGUGUGCCUGAAGCAUUGCAAAUCAUUUGAAUCUUUAAGAGAACAUCUUCAUGGUCCAUUGGCUAAAUCGAAUUGUCCCGGGGUUUUCUCCGAGUUAGGUUGUGAUCUUUGCUUGAAUGUUUUUGAUAAUCCCAAUUCUCUUGGCAACCAUAGAAAAAUAUGCUGCUUGUCUCGACCCAAUUCUGUUGAAACAAAAGCUUCAAAUUAUGCGGAAUUGAAAUCCUGCUUGUCAGGAUCAAAUGGUGAAAGUGAAACGUACGUUGGCAAAGGUGGUGAAGCUGUUGCUAUUGACUGUGAAAUGGUCGGUGGUGGAAGUGAUGGGACACUUAACCUUUGUGCUAGUGUCUGUCUUAUUGAUGAAGAUGAAAAUAUAAUUUUUCACACAUAUGUUCAACCUCAAAUUCCCGUCACUAAUUACAGAUAUGAGGUAACUGGAUUAACCGAGGAGCAUCUGAGAGAUGCCAUGCCACUUAAGGAAGUACAAGAUAACAUCUUGAAGAUCCUGUACAAUGGUGAGGCAGUUGGGAAGGCAAGAUUGGAUGGCGGAAUGGCGAGGCUCCUUGUGGGUCAUUCCUUGGAUCAUGAUCUGGAUUGCUUACAGUUGUUCUAUCCUGGUCAUUUGUUGAGGGAUACAGUGAAAUACCGCCCAUUGAUGAAGACUAAUCUGGUUAGCCAUUCGCUGAAGUACCUUACACAGAUAUAUCUAGGGUAUAACAUUCAGAUAGAGGUGCAUGAUCCAUAUGAAGAUUGUGUAUCUGUAAUGAGACUGUACAAGAGAAUGCGUAUGCAGGAUCAUAAGGUGGAAAGGUCGGGAGUACGCGAUAUCUGCGGCGAUUUUGACUCCUUGAGACCCAAGGAGCUUGAAGACAUGACUCCGGAAGAUCUAUAUGAUAUCUCAAGAUCAAAUUAUAAAUGUUGGUGCCUGGACAACAAUCUGGAUUAAUUGUUUCAAGAAUCAACAGUUGAGACCAGUCACACUGGAAUAGGUUUAUAACAUAUUCAAGACAUGUAUUUAGAGGUGAUGUAAAUUGUUGAUUUCUUGUAUUUAAAUGUCUUUGUAGGUUACUGUAAACAGGAGCCUUUUUUUUCUGGUGAAAAAUUGUGUAAAGUCAGAACUUGUGCAUUACUGUGGAUUGCAUCAGAUGCUGACCAUUAAUGAAUCAGUCUGUUUAUUAGGAAGCUCA